UUGAAAACCAAAACAAUUUGUUGUGAUGCGUUUUGGAAGUAAAUAAGCUUGUUUCAUUUUGCAAUUGCUUACAGAAAAUAUACUCAAAAUGGGCGGAGGUGAUCUGAAUACGAAAAAAUCAUGGCAUCCAAACACGAUGAAAAACCAGGAGCGCGUCUGGAAGGCGGAACAGCAAGAGGCAGCCGAAAAACGCCGACUCAACGAACUGCGACGCGAAAUAGACGAAGAACGCAAUCGGGAAGAGCUGAAGAGUAUCGCUAAAAAAUCCGGCAUCAUACCUAACGACGAUGGGGAUGACAAGAAGCUCGAGUGGAUGUACAAAGGACCAUCGCAGUUGGUUAAUCGAGAGGAGUACCUUCUCGGACGCACCAUCGACAAAACGUUCGAGGAUUUGGAUGCGCAAGAAAAGGCCGCUACGUCCACGUUUGGCGUUGCGCAGCCGAAAAACCACGUCGAACACGAAUGUAUACCGUUCUCCAUCCGGCAGCACAAGGAUAUGCUGAGCACCGACCAGGUCGAUCUGGCCCGCAAACUCAUGGAGGACCCACUGAUGAUGAUCAAGCAAAAGCAGAUUGAAUCGCGCCAGAAGAUUCUGCAGAAUCCGGUUAAGCUGAAAGAGCUGCAUCGACUCCUGAAACGGGACGAAAGCUUACAGGGGACGGACAAAAAGAAGAAAAAGAAGGACAAGAAAUCGAAAAAAAGCAAGAAAAGUAAAAAGAAGAGCAAAAAAGGUAAGAAGGAAAGCGGUUCCAGCGAUUCCGACAGCGACAGCGAAGGCAGUGCGGACCUGGAUCAGCUGUUGGCGGAAAAGUAUAAAAAAGUUGCAGGCGAGUCCCAGGACGGCGUACCUUUCGAUAAGCUGCUGACGAUGAAGUAUCAAAAACUAUCCAAGGAAUUGGAUAUGAUGGGAAGCAGCAACUCUAAGAAGAAAAAACAUCACCGUGAGCCUAGCAACAGUUCUGCAUCAGACUCAGAUAGAGAAUCGAGGAGAAGGAGUGACGUCCGUCGAGAAGAUCGUAGAAGAUCUCCAAAACAAGCAGAACGACAAAGAAAAAACAACGAGAGGAGAAGAAGUAGCUCGCAAGAGAUGAAAAGGCGCAAGGGUGAUUUCAACGAAGCACGCCGCAAUGAACACGUGGGAGGUCGAUCCAGACAAAAUGCAUCCGGACGAGAAAGAAGUCGCUCAAGAAGUCGAGACAAGUAUAGAAACAAAUCGCCCAACUAUGCAAGCCGCCGUUCGCCAGCACGCCAAGACCGCUCAAUGAAAGACAAGCGUGAUCGAAGUCGUUCCCGUUCAAGGUCCCCAGCAAGACACACGGCACGUGACAAGAAACGAAGCUCCCGUUCGCGAAGUCCCCAGAGAAAAGCCCCUACUACGGAAACGAAGGAGAAAGUAAGACAAAGCAGGAAACCUUCCACUUCAUCAUCCGGCUCAGAUACUUCCGCUGGAUCGUCCCCGGUGCGCCCGACAGCACAAGACUCCGAUGACGAAAGGAGGAUCAAGAAAGUUAGAAAUUUCGGACUUGUGUCGGCUUCCGGAGAAAAGAUAGAACUCAAAUCGGCACACUCCGGGGUUCGGCUGUACAAACCGGAAGAGAUCCGAGCGGAACAGUCGAAGCAGAAACCAUCGUGGACAAAGCCAACCGCCACGAAACGUCCUUUGACGGAGCAAGAAAUGGAAGAGAAACGCCUGGCCAUGAUGAGUAAUGCACAGUGGCGUGAGAAAGAUCGGGAAACCAACGUGAGACGCUACCAUGAAGAAGAUCAUCGCGAGGAGUCAUCAUCCACCGGUCGAAACUAUGACAAAGAGUUUCUGACCAAGCAGUUCAAACGGGCGGCCGCAAGUGAAACGGUCGAAUCGCGUAUUCGUUCGAAUCGGAACAAUAUUCAACGGUCUAACGGUGCCAUGGAUAGGAACUUUGCAAAACGUUGAGACACCGUUGAUAAGCUGCUGUUAAAAUACGAAUGUUUCGAAUAGUUCAAUAGAUGAAA